CAUAAGAUCGAAGCGCUUAUCCCAUCCGCCCAAAUCCCUUAGCGAAGAACUUCAGGACGUUCCGGAAACCGAAAUUGAGACUUUGAUAAUAUGGACCUCAAAUCUGAGCUCCUCAGAGGUAUCUACGCAUAUGGGUAAGCUUGUUUUCUCAUCGAUAAGGCCAAGGAGUGCUGAUGGAGUGUUUAGUUUCGAGCGCCCCUCGGCUAUUCAGCAACGAGCUAUUAUCCCUGUGCUCAAGGGACACGACGUUAUUGCUCAG